ACUACCCUCAGCGACCCUGGACGGCCUGGACCCUAACCAAGAGUCGAGAGUGUAACACAACGCCAUUAGCCAUAUGAUAUUCCGAAUGUCGCGUUAUCCUCGCUGACGUCUUUCGUCGCUCGUCUCCGCGAAUGCAGAUGACGUAAUUCACACCAUGCUGUUAUGUUUUUCUUGUUAUUAUCGUUAAUAAACAUGCUAUCCUUUUUCCGAAAGUUAUCAAUUGGCGGAAAGAUAAAGGAUGGUAUACUGCCGGAGGCAGUCAUGGGAACGGCAGAGGAUCUCUUGACAACGAAUAAUCAAAUGUUAAAGACGGAUACCGAAUUAAAAGAAUCCGUUUACGAUUUAUUAAGGACGAUCAAGGAUCCUGAGAAACCACAAACCUUGGAGCAAUUGGACGUUGUCUACGAAGAUUGCAUAAAAGUCUGCCACAGCACGCCUGCAGGAGUUUCUGUGAUUCGUGUUGAGUUUAAUCCUACAGUGCCUCACUGUUCAUUGGCAACCCUCAUAGGAUUAUGCAUCCGCAUUAAAUUAGAACGUCAUUUAUCGGCGUUAUUUAAAUUAGAUAUCUAUAUCAAGAAAGGUGCACAUUCCACUGAACAGGAAAUUAAUAAACAAAUUAAUGACAAGGAACGUAUAGCGGCUGCGAUGGAAAAUCCAAACUUACGGGAACUGGUGGAAAAAUGCAUCCUGGAAGAGGAUUAUUAGCGUUUCGUGAUAUAUAGGUACUACUCCUUUCGGAAAUUUUUUCGAAAUACAAUUUUUAUCUAGUAUGUUAUAUUGUGUAAAUAAAUAAUGUAUUUUGUGUA